CUUCUUCUUAGACAGCGUGGUGUAGAGCAUCUUCUCAAUAUUUUAACCAAUCAGCAGGCCUUUGUUUUUGGUCAUGUGGAUUCAUUAGCCUCUGAUGCAUUAAAGACUGAUUUAAAUGAGGCUUCAUCAGAAACACAGCAGUGUCGUCGGCGGCGACGCUAUCAUAAAUUUUCUAACGACUCCGAAACGGAACCAUCUGAAUCAGGUCCCUCAAGUCAGCUGUCACUAACUGGAGGAAUUCGUAAAAUGACCUCAUCCGAAACCAAAGAUUAUGCCAAUUCACGAAUCCUUACUCUGUCUGUUUGUGUAGCCUCUUCGACAACCGGAAUUCCUAAGACAGCUUAA